AAAAAAAAAAACAAUAUAUAUAUUUGAAAAAGAAAGAAAAAAACAAAGUUUGAAAUCGUAUAAAAGCAUAACUAUUGUAUUUAAACAACAAGCGAAAGAAAAGCGUUUUCGUACUCGCCGCCGUUGCUACCCGUCGCCGUCGCACCAAACAUCCUCCUUUACACUUUGCUAUCAACAACAAAAUGUGGCAGCCGAGUACACAGCAUUUCCUGGCGCUGAUCUUCUGCAGCGCCGUCUGCCUGAUUAGCGCAAGUCCUCUUCCCUUGCCCGCUGGCAAUCAGGAAUUGGAUGUUCUGCAAAUUCCCCUAGCUAACGGAAAGGAAAUCGAUGUCUUGACACUUGGCGCCAAAGAUCAAGAUCAGUUGAUAGCCGAUCGCAACAAGAGAACAAUUGGACUGCUGCGCGAGCUGUUUCCGGACAUAACAAAGGAAAUCGACUCGAUUGUCAAUCGAAUUAUAGCUCAAGUAAUACGCGUGGCCGGGCCGGGACUGCUGAAUAGCAUUCUGGCCGGGAAUCGCGGUGCGGGUCGCCCUACCACGCCCUCCAGCAGCUUCGACGCCGAUUUCGAUGACGACGGCUUUGGCGAUGAUGACGAUGAUACUGAUGAUGCUGCAUCGACAUCAACAUCAACAUCGACUGCGUCCACACCGCCUUCCUCCGACGACACCGCCUCGCGGAUCAAAAUUGAUUUGCCCACGGUAGCGCCGACAGCAGCGAACAAAGUGAGUGCGCGUAAGAGGCAAGACACUGUAACAGCAUCAACAGCAUCAUUACCAUCAAUAUCAACAAGUAGUACUACUAGCACCACUACCUCCACCACUACCAGUACCUCUAGCACUACCACCACCAAUAGUCCCAGUCCUAGCCCCAGCCCCAGCCCCAACCCAGCCAACAAGACCUUAACAAUAGCCAGUGAGAUGCCCGUCGAGCUGCUGUCACGCGUUCUGGGCAUUGAGCCAAUAAUCAAAGCAACAACUGCAGCAACUGCAACAGCAACAGCUGCAACGACAGCAGCAACAGUUGCAGCUGAAGUGCCGGCAACAGAUGCAACAACGGGCACUGUUAAUUCCCAAUUAGCACCUACCUUCGACAUCAUUACCUCCACCCAGUAUCCCACAAAUAAUGACAGCAACAACAACAGCAACAACAACAACAAUAGCAACAACAACAACAACAACAACAAUAAUAAUAAUAAUAUCAUCGACGAACCACAAUUGCUUACAAUUAUAGCCGAUAUAAAUCGUUUAUUAAACUCUACCAAUUAUUUUAUUACAACCAGAGAUAAUUUAACAACAUCUCCAACAACAUCAACAACAACAUCAACAACAACAGUGGCGCCUACAAUUGACAACAACAACAAGAACAACAUUACGAAACUAUUGCCCAUCUAUGAGUAACAACAAUUGAGACACAAACACACACAACAACAGCAACAACAACAACAUAAAGAGCAACAAGCAACAGGCAACAACCGAGAACAACAACAACCAACAACAACAAUCAUCAUCAACAACAAUUAUUUAACAUUUUGCUGUCCCAUUCACAAUUGGAAUUCAGCAGCAGCAGUUAAAGUAGUCUGGUCAAAACUAAAAAGAUACAACAACAACAACAACAACAUCCAUUUUCUGUUAAUUGUAUUUUUAUUGUUUCUGGUGAAAGCAAUUUAGUUGUCCACUAACUAAUCAACGAUAUUAACCCUAGCUGUAAGCCAAAUCAAAUCUUUAAGCCACAUCAUUUGCCCAUGAGCAAACAGUUGCAGUAGUCACGCCCAUGCCACCGCAACCGCCCCUCGUCCUUCGCCCGCAGCACCCUUAGCCACAGUCUCUUAAGUGCUUUCUCUGUGUAUCUCUCUGUAGCUGUGUAUGUGUUUCUGUCCAUGUGUACGCCCCGUCCAUACUAUGUUAAUUCGCAGCCCCUUAACUCUUAGUUGAAAAACCCAACAGUCGAGUCAAAUAAACUAACCGUUCUCUAAAAUGUACCCACCAAUUGCACACACGCACCGCAAUUCCCGACCACCACCACCAACAACAACAACAACACACAACAACCCACAACAACAUUGCGCACACCCCGCACCCCGCACCCGCAACACGCACCACGCACCUCGCACCCCGUACUCCGUUCAACGCUCACCGCAAACCGCGUGCGAAUCCAAAAUCCAAAUUUCAAUCCGCAUCGACAUCCGAAUCUGAAUCCCAAUUCGAAUCCGAAUCCGGCCCCGAAUUGAAACCUGGUUGUUGUAGCAAAUCGAUGAGCAAGCGAACCGCAUCAUCUCCAAGCUGCUGCGCGCUCUGGGCCCCACCGUGCUGCGCACGGCCAUUCAGGGCAACAGCGCG